CAGCUGCUGCUCUCUCCGCCUGGCCCUUUACCUUUCCAGGCCACUCCCCGGGCUGAGGUGCUGGAGGAGGUGCUGAGGGAGCAGUUUGGGACCCGGCCCCAGUUAGCAGCCAUCAGCCGGAUGAAGAGGCAGCCGUCGGGCGCCUACACGUCCACCGAGGACUUGAAGGAGGUGCUGGAGAGGCGGCAGGUGGCCAACGCCAAGGAACGAGAGCGGAUAAAAAAUCUGAAUCGUGGAUUUUCCAAAUUGAAGGCCAUUGUGCCACUCCUUCCCAAAGACAGGAAGCCCAAUAAAGUUGACAUUCUUAAAACUGCAACCGAAUAUAUUCGCCUUCUCCGUGAGAUUUUAGAAGAUACCAAAGACUUUGAGGUAAAGGUAUGA